AUUGGUUGUUGAUUAUGGCCAGUUUAAUUGUUUGAGUUCGGAUUUGAAUUGGGUAUGUGAGAUUAUGAUUGAUUAGUGUGGUUUUGUGGGGUUGUGCUACUUUUUCUUGUGUAGGAAUUUGAUGGAGUAUAUGGACCAGCAUGGCACUGCAUUGUAGGAACAAAUUUUGGGUCUUUUGUCACACACUCAGCUUACUCAUCCAGCCUGAUAGAUGUAGAAAGGGAUUAUCUUUCAAUGGAUAAACGAUAUCCCAGGCUCUUUAUACCCUCAGAAUUCUGCAAGGCUGUGGCCAAGGAAGAAUCUUCAACUUUCUAUCCGGACUCCUGUCAGUUUUGAGCAUGAUUAGGUGGAAGAAGAGGGUGCAGCUGUAAUGAAAGAGCCAACAACUAAAAUAUUGGCUGAAGAACCUGCAAUAUCAGGAGGUGGGAAUAUUGUGUGGAAUGUGAAGAGAAUCAUGACUAUCCUACUUUUCUAUCCCUCUUCCAGAUUAUCUUGAUGAGUGGGAUAAGCAAGAAUGCUUUAGAGGAGAUGUCAUCUGAAAGUUCUUAAAAACACCGCUCAUUCAUGACAAUUAGUGGUCCAUGGAAUUCCACUGAUGGUGGUGAUCCAUCAGUUGAUGAUAGCUCUUUAAUUCAAACUGCAAUAAGAUAUGGAAAGGAUGUUGCGAAACUUGAUCUGCAGAACUGCAAGAAUUGGAAUCAUUUUCUUAAGAUACACUACGAUAGGAUUGGGAAAGAUGGAUUCUUUAGCCAUAAAGAGAUUAUUGUCAUAUUCGUCCCAGAUUUGUCUGUGUCUUUCUUCAUUGGAUACUGGAUGAGCUUGUUGGCAGCUUUACCUUCAACCCUUUGCUGCAGUGGUGUGAUACUAAGUCUUACAGAUUUGAUUUUGUACUCAUCUUAUCGAGUUAAGUGUAAGAGAUAUAUGUAGUGGCAUCUGUUUGGGAUGAAAAUUUUAUGAAGAGUUUCUUUUACAUUCAGCUUCUUAUAUAUAUGACAUGAGGGUAAUAUGAAUAUGACAUUUGAGCAAUAUAAUUUUUUUUUUGUUUGAAAAGACCUCAUUUACGGCGCUCAGAGUGCGCCUUAAAUAGGAAUUCAGUCACUUUUUUACGGC